AUGGACACGAGCACUAGUCGACCCAUCUCUGUCGCCAUCGUGGGAGGUGGAAUCGCCGGUCUAUCCCUUGCAGCCGGAUUGGUCAAGCAAAGGCACUUGAAUGUGCACGUUUACGAGGCUGCUAGCGCGUACGAAGAUGUCGGCGCUGGUCUGGCACUGCAUCGCAACGCCCUCGAGGCCAUGGCCCUCAUCGGCCCGGAGGUCCGGCAAGCGUACAUCAACAAGGCCCUCUCACUUACAUCGGAAGAGGAAGAGAUGAUCGCCACCAACGUCUACAUGGCUCACGGCCCACACGCAGGCACUCUCGUUGCCGAGCUCGGUAAGGCCAAGGGCCGCAAAAGCGUGAGCCGAGCCGAUCUACUUGAGGGCUUGCUUGCCCUCAUCCCGAAAGACUGCAUCUCCUUUGGCAAACGCCUCUGCAAGAUCCGCCCCUAUUCUGGCGAGGCCCGACGGAUUUGUCUCAAGUUCUCUGACGGCUCCGCUGCAACCGUCGACUGCGUUCUCGGCGCUGACGGUGUCCACUCCCGCGUCCGGACCUACCUGCUCGGCGCCGACCACCCAGCGGCGGCCCCAAAAAAUCACGAUCGCUGGCAGAUCUACCGCACGCUUGUCUCGUCCGAUUUUGCCCGUCAACGCAUCGCCGAGGAAUACACCCGCACGGUGCCCAUCAUGCUCGGCCCGCGCGGCCAUGUAAAUUGCAUCCCCCUCAAUAAAGGCAAGCGGCUCAGUGCGGGUAUUGCAAUCCGCGGCGUAGCUCCUGUGCCCGGCGACGGGGACGACGACAACCAGGCGCCACCGCUCGACCCAGCCGAGUAUACGGACUAUCACCCCGCUGCACAGAACAUAAUCUCCAUGAUCGCCGACGAUCCCUCCGCCUCCUGGCGAGCACUUGACCAUGACCCUGCGCCGUACUACACGCGCGGUCGCAUCUCCAUCUUUGGAGACGCCGCCCACACCGCUCUACCCUUUGCCGGUAACGGGGCGGGCCAAGCGCUCGAGGACGCGGCAAUGCUCAACCGGUUGUUCCAGGGGGUGAGGAAGCUAGACGACAUAAACAUCGCGCUCGCCACAUAUAACUGCGCACGCAUAGAGCGUACCCAGAAGGUGGUGGAACUGUCUCGGAAGUUUGGUCGCGUGUAUGCUUUUGCCGAACCAGGUAUUGGAGACGAUGUGGACAAGAUCAGAGCUUUCCUGGAUGAAGCAGGGGAGUUUAUGAACAUGUAUGAUGUCAAGGGGGACAUUGAGCGGGCGUUUGUGACCCUGAGCGCCAUCAAACUUGAACGAGAUACCAAAACGGAGGGAUUGGCCGAUGCCAACUCUCUGAAGAAGCCGGAUUCUCAAGACUGA